AUGGCCCUGAGUGAAGAAAAGGCAGAGGUGGACGCAUCCUUGGACACAAAGGCCCAGCCCUAUGGGAAGUGGAGCUGCAGGGAACAGGAAGUGGACACUUUGGGGCCAGUGAGCGGGGAGCAGCCUCCAUGUCUGGAAGUGGAGGGAGGGCCCGCUUCCCCUGUGUGGGGGGCAGAGGGACUGCUGGCUCCUGCCUGCUGGUCUGGGACCGACCCUGGUGGCCCCUCAGGAGCCCUCCAGCUGCAGGCCAGCAGUACCAGCAGAGAGUCAGUAGCUGGUGCAUCUAAGCCUGCUCUCAGCUGCCUGCCUCCUCCUGCCAGCAUGAGGACUGGAGACCUUCUGCACUCUGUGGGAAGCCAGUUGGAGGAGACCAAGCUUUCUGCCUCCGAGGAGCUACCUCAGACUCAUACCGUUCCCAAAACUACAGCCCUUUGCUUAGGACAUGAUGCCGAUACAGAAGAUGACCCAUCCCCAGUUGAGUCGCCCCAGGUGCUGGACCUCAGCCAAAAGCCUCACAUCUCAGGUUUCCCCUUCCCAUCAAGGUGGACAUCCAGGACGAGCCCAGGUGCAGCUGCUCCUCAGUUUUCCAGCCACAGCACUUCUGCCUCAUCCCCGGUCAGUAGUCUCCAGAGUUGCCAAGAGAAGGUGGAGCCUCAGAGUUGCUCUGCUGCCAAGGUCUCCUCUCUGGAGCUGGUCAUUCCCCAGUCGUCCCCAUCUGUGGUGCCAAGGCCUCAGUUCCACUGGUCACCACAACCUGUGUCCUCUGAAGGUGGAGUUGCUGGGCUGGGCAGGAGGCGCCUCUCCUUCCAGGCUGAGUACUGGGCCUGUGUGCUACCAGAUUCCCUGCCUCCUUCCCCCGACCGCCACUCCCCUCUCUGGAACCCAAAUAAAGAGUAUGAAGACCUACUUGACUAUACUUAUCCCCUGAGGCCUGGACCUUCACUCCCAAAGCACCUUGACAGUCAUGUGCUGGCUGACCCUGUGCUGCAGGACUCUGGUAUAGACCUGGAUAGCUUUUCUGUCUCCCCAGCAAGUACUGUAAAAUCACCCAGUAAUGUUGCCCAUAGUUGCCCACCAGCAGAGGCCACUGCCCUGCUUUUCUCUCAUCCCAGAGAGCCAAGCCUUAAGCGCCAGCCUCCAGGAGUGCCCCAGAAGCAGGGCAGCUUGGGGUUGCCAUCUUGUAGCCAGCUUGCUUCCUCCCCCAGAGUCCCAGGCUGUAGGGCUAUUCCUUGGCAGAGCAAAGAGCCCACCCUGAGGGGCUCGAAGGUCUGGCUACCCAUGGGCACCCACCUUGAGGGAAGCUCUCCCACACUGAGGCCACAAGGUAGAGGGUGGCCCUCAUCUAAGCCAGAGAGGGAGAGGCGGGCCAGCCAGGGUGUCUCUCACCCCACUUACAUGGCGUCUGGAUGGAAAGCAGAAGAGAUGGAAAGCGAAGAUGAGUAUCUUGCCCUGCCCACUCGGCUGACACAGGUUUCUAGUUUGGUUUCCUAUCUAGGUUCCAUUCCCAUACCUGAGCCGACUAGGGCAGCCAAAGGACAGAGUUCCCUGGAAGUUUCAGAUAGUGAUGGGCCAGCUUCAUUCCCAUCACACUCUAGCCAAAGCCAGUUUGCUCCUAGGGCUGCACUCCCAGAGUCGUGGGACUCUGGGGGACAGAAGCACUGUUUCCUGCGCUCGUUGGACCAGGCCCGAGACUCUGCAGGGGAAGGUAAUUUGGUGAGCAGCCAGGCCCUAGGGGUGCCCUGUGGACCACUGAAAGCACACCCCCCCUGCCAGGCCAUACUGGACCAGCGGGCAUUCUCAGACUCAGAUGCUGAUGGGCAUACUCUCAGGAGAGGAGAGCAGGGAAGAGAACCGCUUAUGCAAUGUGUGAAGACAUUUUGCUGUCAGCUGGAAGAACUGAUCCACUGGCUGUAUAAGGUAGCAGACAUGACCGACCACUUGAUUCCACGCAAGUCCAGUCUUUCAGGCCUCAAGUCUUCUCUGCAGCUUUACCGGAAAUUUAAGAAAGAUCUAGAUGAACACCAGUUCCUGACAGAGAGUGUCUUACAGAAAGGGGAGAUUCUUCUUCAGUGCCUGUUGGAUAAUACCCCAGUUUUAAAGGACGUCCUGGGGAGGAUUGCGGAGCAGUCUGGUGAACUGGAGAGCCACGCAGAUCAUAUGUAUGACUCUAUCUUAGCCUCUCUGGACGUGCUGGCUGGCUGCACCCUCAUCCCUGACAAUAAGCCAAUGACAGCAAAGGAGCACCAGUGUGAGGGGUUUAACCAGGCAUCUUCUCAGGUAGAAAUGUAA